CCAAACGUUACAGGGUUGCCUCAGCAAAAAUGUCCACAAGAACUGCAGCCCUAGUAGAGGGUACAUAUACAGGUUUCUUGCUGGACAUCAUUUGGUUUGGGAAUGUGAAUUUCAGUAUUGAAUCCAACCUAGGGCUGUAUGGUGCUUUACAAAGACUAGUUACCUGUCACAAUGGGUUUGUAACACUGUUGUAUGAAAAUACCCUGUCUGCAGAAGGCUGGGCCUGGGUAGAGGCGUUACAGGGCACUUCUUGCUCAAUAGGUGGCAGCACUCGCUUGCUCGUGGAUACGCUAUGGAGGGGAAGUGUGACAUUUCACAAUACCAAGACUGGAGACACUCUUAGCGUACCAAACCUGUCACUGAGUCCCAGUACAGGCUCAGUGUUGACUGGUCAGUACAGUAUAGUACAGAGUGACCAGAAAGUAAGUGACCUGACUAGACAGCAUUAUGGGACAGUGAGCAGGAGAAAGAAGAGACAGCCUCCAGUUCUGGCCAUGUCUCCGCAUCUGGUUUUCCUGGAUGAAGUAUACCUAGGUGACGUUCCCACAUAUGUCUUGUCUAACAGCAAGUUAAAACUAAGUUUAAUGUCCAAAAUUUCUGAUGCCAACUCUUCUUCUCAGGCAUUUCUAGAGAGAAUCAAUAAAAGAAAAGAGUUUGGUACAAUAGUACGUCUGACCUUUGGCCACAGCACUGACCCCCCCAUUGAUGACCUCAGAGUGGACACCCAGACCUGGAUGAACAGAGUCAUCAACAACGUGACAGCAGAAGAUAGCAUAGUCAAACUGUCAGGCAGCACAGACUAUCACAACUUCCUCCUGUUGUCUGCAGAGGACGGGUCAUCCUGUAGCCACUCAGCAGACGACACUCUUAACAUGGACCAUUGCUUUGCUUACUUGAUGAAAAAACCUGCAGACAUCAAUGGAGCAAUUGUAGACGAUUUAAUUAAAAUAGACAGGCAGAUGAAUCGCAAGCAGAAUGAAGAUAACAAAGCUAAGGAAAAAAUAUCAGAUACUUUAGGGACUGAAAUAAACUUUGCAAAUGCAUUAAGGAAAAGUGGAAUUAUUCAAGAUGUCAGAAAAGUGGCUGGUAAAAGUUCCCAGACAGGAAGAGGAAUUACCCACAAUGUCAAGACACCAGAUAAUGAAAGUGAAAGCAAAACUGGGUCAUACUGGUUGAUUUCACCUGAAAUUGAACAACAUGUGAAAGAAUUGUUAUCGGGGCAGCCCAAGUAUUCUCCGGAUUCACUGGUCAAAAUUGAAACCAAGAUAGCGGAUGCACAGGCUUCAGUGUUGAAACAGUGGAUAGAGUUCAGACAAGCAGAAGGACAGUCAACAAAAAUGGCUUAUUCCGAGCUGUUACAGCUGCUCUCUGAAGUGAGAAAACAGUGUCUCAGUAUUAUCAGCCAGCAGUGUGUCUUCCCCAGGACAAGUAUUAAAGAUGUGAAACUUCUUCCCAAAGACUCAUUCUCAGACCCUUAGCAAAAUCUCUUGCAAAUUAGCUGCAAAUUAGCAAGAACAUGAAUCCAUUCAUGCAAACUAACUGGAAAG